UCACUUUCAUUCCCGGUCCGCCAGCGGUAGCAGCACGCCGCGUGCGUUCCGACGACUAAUUUACUUACGACGAUUGUACGAGAGUACACACGGUGCAGUGUGCGCGCGCGAAGUGUGUUGUUUUGUAUUUCGUUUUUUCGUUUUUUCCAAUUUUUUUUUUUUUUAUACCAUCGUUCCCGGGUUUUUCGCCCUCAAUCAUCCGUCCGUCCGUCUGUUUACCUCUGUCGUCCACCGCAGCGAGUACGUACACGUAUGCCGUCGUCCGUUGAACACCGUCCACUAGUGCGUCGUGCAGUGCGAAUCGCGAUGAUACAAUUAUAUGAUUAUCGUGGCAAUAAUCUUUUCGUGUUCUGAUAAUAUAUAUCAUAUCAUCGUGUGCGAGUUUGGGUUUUUUAAUUUGCGUACUCUUUUUGUUUUGUCGAAUUUUUCGGUCUCGUUUUUUUUUUACGCUCGUCUUACACCACCCCCGCUGGAACCGUCGAAAUGCAGUUGUCUCAAGUCGUCACCAGCUCGGGCGUACUGAUGCACGUGUACAGCGCCGAAAGACACCAACAGCAGCAACAGCAGCAGCAGCAACAGCAACAACAGCCGUCGCAACAGCAGCAACACGGUGGUGACUUUCGCGUACCGCAAUCGCCAGGCGUCGUGUCGUCUUCGACAGGUAGCGGUGGAGUACCGUCUCCGCCCGCGCAGCACCAUCACCUUCAGCUGCAGCUGCAACAACAACAACAACAACAACAACAACAACAACAACAACAACAACAACAACAACAACAACAACAACAGCAACAACAACAACAGCAGCAGCAACGCUGUUCGCUGCCACCGGCCCCGCCGUCGUCUUCAGCGGCUACGAUGCGCCCACCCGCGGCCCCGGGCCCCCGGUGCAAGCCGGUCCCGUCGGCAGCCACCCUGACGAUCAAGACGGAGUACAGCCGAAGCCCUCCGAUGCUCUCCGAGGAACCGACAAGCUCCAUACCGGACUUAGAAUUUGAUGGUGACACAGUACUGUGCCGAGUAUGCGGUGACAGGGCGUCCGGGUUCCAUUACGGCGUACACUCUUGUGAGGGAUGCAAAGGCUUUUUCCGCCGGAGCAUUCAGCAGAAGAUCCAGUACCGACCAUGCACCAAAAACCAACAGUGCAACAUCUUGCGGAUCAACAGGAACAGGUGUCAAUACUGCCGGCUCCGCAAGUGCAUCAGCGUCGGCAUGAGUCGAGACGCUGUACGAUUCGGCCGUGUGCCUAAACGGGAAAAGGCUCGUAUAAUGGCCGCCAUGCAGCACAGCAGUAACUCCAAAAGCCAGGAGAAGGCCGCCGUGGCGGAGCUUGAAGACGACCAGAGACUCGUCGCCAGCGUAGUCAGGGCACAUCUGGAGACUUGCGAUUUCACGUCGGACAAGGUCGCGCCCACGUUGGCCCGUGCCCGCGAACAGCCAAAUUACACCUUGUGCCAUCCGACACUGGCUUGCCCGUUGAACCCGAGUCCACGACCCGUCACCGGACAACAAGAACUAUUGAACGACUUUUCGAAGCGAUUCUCGCCGGCUAUACGCGGCGUGGUCGAGUUCGCCAAGCGCAUACCCGGUUUCGGGUUACUCGCCCAAGACGACCAGGUGACCUUGCUCAAAGCCGGUGUUUUCGAGGUGCUGCUUGUUCGCUUGGCCUGCAUGUUCGACUCUGAGUGUAACAGCAUGGUAACGCUCAACGGUCAAGUGUUGCGCAGAGAAUCAGUUUGCGCAUACUCCAACGCUAGAUUCCUCACCGAUUCCAUGUUCGAGUUUGCCGAGAGGUUGAACGCAAUGCGACUGAACGAUUCGGAAAUUGGUCUAUUCAACGCCGUCAUCGUGAUCGCUGCCGAUCGCCCAGGUUUACGCAAUGUCGAAUUCAUCGAGCGCAUGCACAAACAGUUGAAAUGCGCGUUGCAGUCGGUGCUCAUGCAAAACCAUCCCGACCGUCCUAGCUUGUGCCAAGAACUGUUGAAGAAAAUCCCGGACUUGAGGACGCUCAACACGUUGCACUCCGAGAAACUGCUGGCGUUCAAGAUGACUGAACAGCAAAACCAACUAGACCAACAGCAACAACAUCAACAGCAACAGCACCAGGACACUACCACCACAACCAGCAUCGCAUCUGCUGCCACCCAACAUCAUCAAAACAUCGGUGGCAUGUGGAGCCUGAUGAUGAACGGCACCGACGAUUUCAACCGCAAGAGCCCGGAGGAGGCAGGCUCGUCGUCGUGGUCGGAUGAGACCACUUCCGUGGAAGACAUGAAGAGCCUGGCUAUGUUGGACGAAGUCAAGAGCCCGCUGGGAUCGGUGUCCAGCACCGAAUCUGUGUGCUCAGACGAAUACCAUCAUGGACCAAGCAAACACGCGGCGAGUGCUCCCCUGUUGGCGGCUUCGCUGGCUGGGGCCGUGUGCCCGAUCAGACGGCAUGCAGCCGCGCCUUCGGACGAACUACACCACCAGGUGAUCGUCCGGCCGAUGUCUUGCCGCCGAUACCAGCGGAAGCAGGACUCGCCAACUGACUCUGGCAUCGAGUCGGGCACGGAGAAGCUGGACAGGCCAAUGCCACACAGCGCGCCCACUUCAGUGUGCUCCAGCCCGCGGUCCACCGUCGAGGACGUCGUCAUGUCGGCCGACUCACACCAUCCGGCUGCCAUUGAGGACAUGCCGGUGCUGAAGCGCGUGCUCCAAGCGCCGCCGUUGUACGACACCAACUCACUGAUGGACGAGGCGUACAAACCGCACAAAAAGUUCCGCGCCCUGCGUAGCGCCAAAGACUCGGCCGAAGCUGAGGCUGUCCGACCAUCAGUGGCGACUACCGUCCACAACAACAGCACCCUCCUCAACCACCUCCAACAAAGCCACCACCACAAUUCGCCGCAAUUGCACCAUCACCUCACGUCGUCGUCUUUGUCGAGCACUCAUUCGACGCUGGCCAAGUCACUGCGCGAGACCCCAAAGAUGACCGCGGAACAGAUCAAACGCACCGAAGACAUUCACAACUUUAUAAUGCGCGAGGACACGGCGUGCAGUGGUUACCAACAACAACACCACCAUCACCACCACCAUAACAACAACAACCACCUACACCAACAACAACCUCCGACCAGGUGGCAACAUACGCCUGUCAUUACUUCUGCCUUGGCCCAGAACAGUUGCAGAUUGUCGCCGACGCCGCCCACCAGCAGGUAUGCGUCGUCGACGGUGAGCAGUGGUGGCGUUUUGGCGCGCGUCCUAUCGCCGUCGUCUUCGUCGUGUGCGUCUCCGCCGCCGUCGGCGCUGUCGAUGGUCAUGCGCCGCACGCCUUCACCCAACGUUGUCAACCUCCAGGUGGGCAUUACCAACGCAGCCGCAGCCGCAGCCGAGGCGGCGGCCGCUCACCAGCAGCCGCUCAACCUGUCCAAAAAGCUGUCCCCGUCGCCGACGUCUGCCGUCGGCAGUGGUACCCCCACGCCACCAUCUCCUGCUCCCGCUCAGGUGGCAAUGGAAGCGUAAGCCACCCUCACCCCGCCCACCACACUCCCCGUUGCCGUACGUAACCGCAUCGACUCGAUCUCACGAGAGUCAAUCUCUAGACCAAAACACGAAAAAAAUCAACAAUUGGAAACAAAUGGGGUUUCUAUACGCAAACCAAAACAGGUGCGGUGAUCGUUUUCCUAUUUUAAUAAUUUUUUUUUGUUUUAAUUUUAAUUAUUUUUUUUGUGGCAAUACAUAAAAC